UUGAACUUAUGUUAUUUUUACAUUGCCACAUCCUUUUCUAAACUAGGCCAUGAUGUUCAUACCACACUACCCUCGAUUUUAACUGAUGGCAGCAGUUGUGGCGGUUUCAAUGCCAGUGAUGUCUUCGGAUCAGAUGACGCUACUUUAUUAUCUAGUCCACUCCCUCUUGGCGUACUGCAGCUGCCCUAUAACCGCGAAAAAACUCGUGUAUGCAUUCGGGUGACUGCACAUCCGGUGCCCAAUUGCCUGGUUGAUUGGAUAGAGCGGCGAGCAGAGCUAUUUGUACCUAAACUUAUCAAGUUUUCAAAAAAAAAGACAUCGCCCCACUACGUUCAUUUGGCUGCUCGCUUUGAAACGAACUUCUCCCGUGCGUGCCUCCGCGCCGCUAUCGAAACAGAAGAACCUAAUAUAAUCACUUUAGAACGAUCCAUGGCAGCUGUCGGAAAAGUGCCACCUACCAAUUCCAUUACAAAUUCUAAUGGAUCAAUCGGUGAUCUUCUUAUCGAUGGUGCAAUCAACUGGCGUCGGGUGCCUUCCUCCUUACUUUCCUUUGGUCCAGACCAGACGGGAUCCAAUUUACUUCUUCUGCAUCACAACGGCGAUGCUGAGGAGGCCAGGUCUGAGUUUUUAUUGUUUUUCAAAGAAUGA